AUGGCGGAUUAUAAUGCCCCGGCUAGUUCCUAUCAAAGUUCUUCAAAGGCACUUGCUAAUACAUUAAUUGGACCGUCAACAUUAAUAGACUUACCAAGCAAACUACCGGUGCCACAACCUAUAGUUCCGCUAUGCGCAGCGAAUGUAGGUUCUGCUGUUAACAAUAACGAUGUACAACAAACAUGGAAAUUUUUAGAAAAUACUACUGAUGGUCAAAUAACCGAAAAAUUAGGUAGUGAUCUCCUUGCAGUGGACGUAUCUCACAUCCAAGUCAAAGAACAACCCUCAUUAGGAUCAGUAAGCGAUCUCAGGAGACCCUACUCUGUGUACGCCUUGGAACAGCGAUUUCCUAAUCUGUUUAGCUAUCGUUCAUCUUUAACGAAUCCAUUACCUGAUGGGCAUAAUGCCCACCGAUAUCACCUCGAAACAAGCGAUGAGAGCGUACAAGACGUGGCACCUCAUCAGGCUGUAAGUGAAUCUGACAGUAAGGAUAGCACUUGGAAAUGUGAAACUACUUCAGGAACAAGUGACUCCGAAAAUUUUGUACGACCCGGUCCAUCAUCUGCCAAAAAAUCUCGAAAAACUUCAUUAAAGAACAAGUCUGACCAAGAGUCUGAAUAUGAAGGUGAAUCCACAACAUACAAACGUUUCGUUACACUAUGUGAAAAAAUAACUGAUUAUCUGAAAAAGAAGGAUGAAUCAUCUAGUAAAAAGCCGGAUAAACUUGCUGUACCCUUAACGGUGCUAUCUGAGUUGUCGAUUGAGGCUGCAAGAUUGAAGGCAACAAAUGAAGCUUACGAGAUAUCCCUUGAUGAUGUUGAACAAGUUGUGAAAAUUCUUUUGGGCAUUAUUAGGCAUGGCAAAUGUAUAGAAUCAUCAGUUACAGAGGAACCGGCUGAUGAUAAAGAAAAGAAGCUAUGGAAUUAUUUAAAGUUAGAAGAAAUCGCAGCAUCAAUGGAAGCUACAGUAGCAGUCCUUCAUAUCCUGACUGCAAAAAAUAUGCCAAAGACUCUAUAUGCAGAUGAAAACAUUGAUAGCCUGAUUGAUAUUAUUAGUUACCACCAAGGACGAGGCAAGGUAUCAAGCCCCAAAAACAAGUUGGUGAAUUUCAUAUAUCGUAAGACUUGUGAGGCGGUUGCUUUAUUGUCUGAACUCGUACAGAUAACAACAUUUACUGAUACAAUAAUUAUUCAAUUAAGCUCGAUUGGUAUUUCUUCGUUCUUUGUUGAUAACGUUAAAGACCUACAACGUAGCGCAUUGGAUCUUAUUAGAUGGACUUUCAAAAAAUAUGAUAAACACCGGAACGUGAUCAUAGAGGAUAUUCUCUCAUCGUUAGUAAAAUUACCUAGUAAUCGAACUAACUUACGAUGUUACAAUCUUGGAAACGGGGAAUCUAUACAAAUAGUAUCUGCUCUUAUUCUGCAACUGUUUCACUGUAUGGUAAAGAUUCCAGUACUGAAAAAUUCAGAUAGCAAGAAAAAGUCAACUAAAGGAACAGGUUCAAAGGAACCGCCGGAACAGCCAGAACUUAUUGAAGAGCACAUUAUUGGCCAAUCAUACGAAAGCGCCGUUAGAAAUGGACAGUCAUUCAUCACGCAAUUUUUUAAGAAGUUAGUACAAUGUUAUGUGUAUAUGUAUCAUGAAUUUAAAGAAGAAAUUAGAAGUCAUUUGAUUCCGCUGUAUUGUGUGAAAGACGAAGAAGAUCGUAAAGUGAUCUUUGAAAAUUUUAUUCAAGAUUUAUUGAUAACAGUUGACAAACCUGAGUGGCCCUCAUCUGAAUUAUUAUUAGGAAUAGUUGGAAAAUGUUUAGCACAUACUUUUACCGACAAAUCUAAUGAUAUCGCAGUUAGAACGACGUCUUUGGAAUAUUUUGGUUUAGUCGCGGCUCAUUUAAGAAAACGUCUCAUCUCGAUUGAAGAAAUUGAUUUAAAAGCACUACAAUCGCAGAUUUCCGAAAUCAGUCACGAAUCCGUUAUUGAUGAUUCAAACGAUAUUUUAGAAUCUGUGGAAUACUAUUUCGAGAAGAUUUUAAUAGGACAGCUUUACAGCGAAUCAAAAGAUUUUCCAUGGUAUCAGCCAGCAGUUUAUUUCCGUAUUGGUCGUUUACUAUAUGAAACCCAUAAAGAAAUUGAAAAGCAAUUCAACGAAUCUGCUAAUCUUUCUGCUAACUUAUCCCUCGAAGACUCUGCAAAUAUUGAUGAGGAUAAUGCAAUUAUAGAAAGUUUAAAGAAAAAACUCUCUGCAGUAACCAUUAUGUGUCGGCUUCUUAUCCGUGGUCGUUGGCCAAAAUUAACGUUGUCAUCUGAAGUACUAGAAUCUAUGUCUCAGAAAGUAGUUUCCAAGCGAUCGUUAUUCAGUAGUUUCGAUACGUAUCUUCAACAUCUUUUAAGAAUGCUUUACGAGCCUACCAUUGCACUUCGUGCACGAGCUUUGAAAUGUCUAACGAGUAUAAUAGGAGAAGAUCCCAACAUACUCCGAAGAAAAGAAGUCCAUCAAGCUGUUCAUGCUAGGUUAUUAGAUACGUCAGUUUCGGUUAGAGAAGCGGCUGUAGAAUUAACAGGAAAGUUCAUGCUCACAAACAUACAACUGUGUGAGCAGUAUUUCGAAAUCCUGAUAGAAAGAAUCCUUGAUACUGGUAUAAGUGUACGGAAGCGUGUUAUUAAAGUUCUGAAAGACUUGUACACCCGAUUCCCAGCGUUUGAAAAGAACCCUGAAAUUUGCGUUCGUAUACUACUCCGUUUCAAUGAUGACGAGAGUGUUAAGGAUUUGGUUACUAAAGUAUUUCAGCACGUCUGGUUUUCCUGUGAUAGCAAGUCUGGAGAUGAGGUCAAAAAAGUUACAGAUGAUCUUGUAAACUGUGUAGCGAUAUGCCAUGACUCCGCUUUAGAAUGUCUUGAAAAUCUAAUAAGACAUAUGGUAAAAUCUAGUGAUUUCAGUUCCUAUAGCGAAGCUGUUACUAAUUCUAGUAAAGUCAUCCUAGCAAACUUACUGGAAAGCAUUUUAAAAUUCGAAGAUCAGUUAGUAAAUAUAUCAAAAAAUGAUGAAAAAGCAGAUGUAAAGGUUGUAGCUUGUUUUUCAACACUACUCGUUUUUAGUAAAUGUUUCCCACAAUUAGUAGUAGAUUACGCACCCCGACUUCAGCCUUACUUAAGUAUGAAAUGUUCUACCAAAGCUGAUGCCGCGAUACUUCGAACUGUACCUUGUAUAUUAGAAUAUGUUUUACCAUUGAUGCAACAUCCGAGUAAGUCUUUCUUGGCAGAUUUAGAAAAAGAUCUUAUGAAACUUAUCCUCAUUCAAGGACAAACGGUUGUUCAAAAUUGUAUUAGCUGCUUAACUGUCAUAGUAAAUGAAGUAACUCACAAUUACGACUUGGUUAGAGACUGUCUACGUAAAUAUAUUGGUUUAUUACGUAGCGUUACAAACCAGGAAUUACUGUUAAUCGAAUCGAAGUUAACGUCAAAUAAACCUCGAAUUAUGAGAGCAUUAUUCGUAGUUGGAAUGCUAUAUAAAAAUUUUGAUAUGGAUUUAAGCUCUGACAGUUCAGAAUUAAAUAAAAAGUCACUAAACUUGUUUAAAUUUUGUUAUCAGCUUGAUAGCGCAUUUGAACUUUUCCUAGCUUUCUGCCAAUGUGAAGAUGGAGAAGUCCUUCUUAAAGCUUUUACUGGCAUCGGAAGUUUAUGCGUCCGAUAUCCAAAACUAUUAAUGCAUAAAAAACUUUCUGAAAAAUACAAAAAAGUCUUAAAUUCGCGAAAAUCCUCGACAAAACUCAUGUGCCAGGUAUUAAAGAAUAUAGAGCAUUACCUUAUUGAAGAAGACAAAAGAACCCAAAAGGCGGAAGAUACCUGGAAAAAAUCAAACUCCAACAAAAAUUUGGGACAGUUAGGAGAUGCUAGAUCUAGUCUAGCUAGCAAGAUAGUGCAACAUUAUGCCAACGAAGUUUUGGAAGCCUCUACAAAUUCCGAAUCAGAAAUAAGAAAUUCCUCUUUAAAUGUUAUCUUACGAAUUUUACGUGAUGGAUUAAUGCAUCCAAUAAAGUGCGUACCUUAUUUAAUUACCCUUUCAACUGAUCCACAAAAGUCGACAAAAAUUUUAGCAGAAAAACAAUUAUCAACUUUAGCAAGUGACUAUCUUAAUUUCGUUCAGGGGAAAGAAAUAGAAUAUCUUUUAUAUAUAGCUGGUAAUUUAGCAUAUUUUCCGUAUAACAUCCAAGAUGAGCCUUUGUUCCUAAUUCACCAGCUUGAUUUAACACUUUCCGUGAUGGGUACAAAUUUAUUAGACGCCGUUGGCAAGACUUUUCAGUUUGAAGACAGUGAGGAAGAUUUAGAUAGUAGCAGUGUUGACGCAUUAAAAGUUGAAUUCUCUAAUGGCGAUUUUGAUUAUCGGCGCUUCAUUUAUCCUACGUUAUCAUGCCUUUUGCUGAUUCAAUUACGAGAUCAUCUGAAGUCUUUGUAUAGUAUCUCGGAAAGCAAAUGUAUUGGUUAUUCGCCUUCGGAUAAUGCUAAAGUUAAUGAUAAAAGUCUAACAAGAAGAAAUGCUGACUUAUUUGAUCCAAGAAAUGUUAUCGAAAACAUGAAGAAUCAAGCAGAACCUGCGAUUGCAGUCAAAUUAUACUUACAACUAAAAUCUGCCAUAGCAACUACUCAUAAUAAAGAUUAUGAUGACGGAUGCGAUGCCAUGUUGUCAAUAGCCGAAGGCGAAGAGGAUAUCAAGGAAGGAGUAAGAUUCGGUUUUACUAUUAAUAAGUAUUCAUGCCAUGAAAAGAUGUUAUCACAAACGUUCUUAGAAUAA